ACCGAUUGAAUGCAAAGAUACAGCAGGUAAAAAUCCAACAAAUGUGAACGGGGAAUCCAUUGCGUUUCGCUGCCCCUUAUAUUUUGAAUCGCACGUCAAACCUGCGACCCAGUUCCUGAACCAGUCACGCGGUAUGACCGUCAUGCGAGGCUUCGAACGUCAUCAUUUUUGGCUCCUCCCCUAAAUGAAGCAGGCCUCGAUAGGCGCUUCGUGGACACGCCCCCUCCAUUACUCGACACACGCUUCGAAACCUCGGCACGUCUCGUAGCAUCACUACUGAGGAGAGAGACUCGCACAGCGGUUAGUAAAACAUGCUGAGCGAGGAGUUCCCGCAGGGCCUUGACCUAACCAAGGCAAACUGGACCCUGCGUGUUGUCACUGACAAGAGCAAAACCGAGGGCAUCGAGGUGAAGAAAGACACGGAGAGAAUGGACCAGAUUAAAGCCAUUAAAAAGUCCUGGGAAACGGCUGAGCCAGGACGCGCUGCCAAGGUAACCCAGAAGUUCUUUUCAACUUAAUUGUCACAGCCACAGCCUUAAGCUGUGGCAGUGCUCUCUCCUCCUCUGGCCCUGCUCUCUCCCUCUUCCAGGUGUGUGGAGGCUGGUGGCAGGUGUGGUGCAUCAGCUAAUCAGCUGACUGUGCAGGAGGAAGUCGGCGUUUCAUUCACUCCGGCUCUCCCAUAAAACCCGACGCCACUCGUCCCUUGAUGCUGGACUAUCUUCUAUCCUCCAUGUUGACUUCUGCCUGCCUAUGGGUCUCUGAUCUUCCUGGUUCCAUCGUGGUUGCCUGUCUCUCGGUUCCUCUGUGGAUUCUGCUCCGUCUGAAGGAUUCACCUGUCACCUGCCCUCCCCUGAAAGAGCAUACUUACCGGAUCACCUGGAAAGCUCUGGGCUGUCGGAUGUCAUUCCACCUGCUCAGCCACACCCCCACUGCCUGGACUGCAGAGAGCCUGUCCUCUUCCAAUACUGGACAAUUCCCCUGUCGUUGUCAGGCUUUAGAGUGUCGUCUCAAGUUUCUCAACCGAGUCCAGCAUAAAGCCACUGAUGGAGCUGCUGCCGACGAAAGCAAAGAACCGGCUGCAGAUCCAGAUACCUCUCUGUCCAUCUGAUCAGAAACUGAGUGACACCACCAGCUCCUGUCCUCACAUGGACUUCAGUCACCUCAUCAGACGCCAGAAGGAUUUGCCAGUGCUGAUGGACUCACAGAGGGAGCGCUUAGAAGAGAUCCAGGCCUACCGGCUGCUGCAAGGCAAUGUGCUGGAGCAACGUAAACAGCAAGCACUGAAGAGGAAGGAGCUAAUAAGACUUCAGAAGGAGAUGUAUGAGAACAUCAAGCACCGGGAUCAGAAAUUACUUGAUUCUUACAAAGCAUUUUGUAGCAGUCACAUGGUGGCCAUGAAAAAGGAAGAAGAGAAAGAAGCUCAGGAGGAGGCCGGAGCAGCAGAUUAGUAGGCUUUAAUGUGUGUUAAAGUGCAAUUUAUCUGCAGUUUAGUUUAGUGCUUAGAAUGGAUUGUGAUUUUAUGAUAUGCAUUGUGGACAAUAAAUAUUA